GCGAAGACGAAAGAAAGAACAACCGAAGAAAGCUUGAAGAAGAAGUGGAGAGGUCGAAAACACAACGGCAAGAGAACCGCGUAAAGCCGACAAACAUGUAGACCGUCUGCCGUCGACGGGGGACUUCGGUAUGCGAGUCUGAGCAGUGCUGCUAACGGGAAAGCUGAAAUGCGGGAAACGAUAAGGAAACGGAAGGGUGACAAAAAAUUGCAUAUACGAACGAGAGAGAAAUACAGCCAAGACUCGCGAAAAGACGAAGUACAUUAUUUAGAGCAGAGACGGGCAUGCGCGUCCGCCAUGUAAGAGACACGCCUUUUCGCGAAGAAAGGCCCCUUGUACUGUGUUUUCCUUGCCAUUCGCCCCAGACUAAAGACAAAAGAAAACUUCUCGUUCCAUGGAUUCGUGAAGAAGCGACGGCCAGAGGUCGUUUUCGAUAUAGUCAUGUGCAUGUGCCAGAGCGCCAGCGGAAAGACCGCUACAUUUGCCCCUCCGUCAAUGCAUGCACGGAAGAAAAACGGGGACGAGGCCGGCUGAUCUGGGCAAGCUCUUCACUUUCUCCCAUUUCCGGAGACUUAUGACAAUUUCCGUGAAAGAGGAACGCAGCUGGAAGGAAACGACACAAAGAAGACGGGAAACGCUGGCGAGCCGAGGGAGCGGGAGGCGACCUCCUUCACGGCAAACAAGGACGAGUGUCGGAAAUGGAACUUGUACAGAAAAGGGAAACGCGCAAGACGGAGUUUCCCCUUAUCUUGGCUCCUCUUCUCACGGUUGAAGAGUGUGUCCACGAUUUCUUGACGCACGGGGGUGUGGACAUCCGCCAGUGUCACACAGCGCUUUCCCCCCCCUCCGGAUCGAUUAAAAGAAAUCAGAUUGAGAAGAGGGGGAGACGGACAUAUAGGCCGAAUUAUUCCGUACAGGCUAGCAUCAGGAACGAGACUACGAAAGUGAAUGUCAUGAUUUAUGUACGGCUUUUCAAAAAGGAGGCAAAUCAUUGCCGAGGGAAUUUGCGAGUUAUUCACACGUAA